AUGUCAAGCUUGGUUUCAAUCGCCGCGUCGGCAUAUUCACAGGCGGUGCAAGGCAUUUCUGAGGAUCUCGAGACACCUCAUUUGCUCGCAGUCAGUGGCAUCUCAUUCUUCACCAUUGCAAUCGCAAUUUUUCCCCUCGCUCUCGCCCCUCUGGGUGAAUCCUUCGGACGCCAAAAGGUUUACCUCGUUUCCUAUGGCAUCUUUUUCUUGUUUUUCCUGCCAAAUGCUCUAGCCCAGAACAUUCAGACGGUGCUAGUCGCCAGGUUCAUCUGUGGCGCUGCAGGCUCGGUCGGCUCAACGAUGGUCGGAGGCACGCUCGCAGACCUCUGGGAGAGAGACGAGAGAGAUGUUCCACUGGCCUUCUUUGCGCUCUCCGCACUUCUCGGAACACCUAUUGGCACCAUCGCCUUUACCUGGGCGGGUGGAGAUGUCUCUUGGCGAUGGAUCUUCUGGACUCUGUUGGCCCUGGCUGCGCCGUCUGCCGCAGCGAUUCUCCUCUUCUUUCGAAAGGAGACACUGCCUGCAGAAGCCCGGCGGCACCUUGCUGAAGCCGCGCGCAAAGUCGACUCGGCCUCGAGAUCCUCGUCAACGACCCAAGUUCCCUUGCAGUCUCGAUCAGCUUGCAAGACUCUGCGCGAGGCGGUCAUCCGCUCGGCGCUCCGCCCACUCUACUUUUUGCUCACCGAACCAAUCACUCUGACGCUCAGCGUGUGGAUCGCAUUCGCCUGGGGUGUGCUUUAUCUCUUUCUCGAAUCGCUACCUCUCGUCUUUGCGCCAUAUGGGUUCACGCCGGACAACAUGACACGAGGGUUAUCAUUUACAGGCAUUGCUGUGGGCGCUCUUCUCGGGUUUGUGCUACACGUCGCCAUCUUGAAGGCUCGAGGAGUCGCGAGCACUCCAGAGCAACGUUUACCAAGCGCCUGUUUCGGAGCUCUUUUGUUUUCGUUCGGCUUCUUUGUCCUCGCUUGGACUGCCCGGCCUGGUCAGAUACCCUGGAUUGUGCCUCAAAUUGGCGCAGCCAUGACCAUGACGGGCCUCUUCCUGGUUUACGUAAGUCAUGGGAAAGCAGAAUGGUGCAAGUGGGUCGCGCUCACAACCCUGUCGAUGCCCUUAGACAUGCAUCUUUAGCUACUUUUCCGACUGCUACGGCGCUUACAGCUCUUCUGCGAUUGCGGCUCAGAGCUUCCUGCGCAAUAUACUGGCCACAGGUGAGUUUUGAGGGGUCUGACUUAUCCGGCGCAGCGUGAAUUUACAUUCAAAAUAUCACAAUCUACAGCAUUUCCCCUUAUAGCCGAAAGAAGUGAGUGCUCCCGUGAGGGCUGGCAGAGAAGAGCUGAGCAGCUCAGUGCCUUGAUUUUUGUGUGCAGUGUAUGAGCAACUCACGUAUCCAUGGGCAUCGAGUCUGCUUGGGUUCGUCGCCCUGGCCUUGGCUCUCGUGCCGUUUCUGCUCAUGUGGAAGGGCCAAGCCUUGCGCAAAAGAUCUCCCUUUGCCCAGUCGGAGAUUGGCAAACCGUGA